CCUCAAUCCAGUCAUUUCCGUUUGUAUUGAGUGGAGGGGCAACUCAAAUCGAAGAACACCGAAUUUCUUUUUUUCUUUUUUUACCUCCUAAAUUGGCCCUUAAAUCAGCCCGUAGCCGUAUAGGCUAGACACAUUUAGCCAGAAUGGGGAACCGUGGAAUGGAAGAUUUGAUCCCGAUCGUCAACAAAAUCCAAGAUGCAUUUGCACAAAUCGGUUACUCAUCGGCGAUUGAUCUUCCACAAAUUGCUGUAGUAGGCAGCCAAAGUGCUGGAAAAAGUAGCGUUUUAGAAAACUUUGUUGGAAAAGAUUUUUUGCCCAGAGGAUCGGGUAUUGUUACACGAAGGCCUUUGAUUCUACAACUUUAUCCUUCAAACUCAGAGUAUGCAGAAUUCCUUCAUUGCAAGAAUAAGAAGUUCACUAACUUUGAAGAUGUCAGGAAGGAGAUUGUUGCUGAGACCGACAGAGUUACUGGAAGCAAUAAGGGAAUCUCUUCUGUACCCAUUAACUUGAGGGUAUAUUCACCUCAUGUUUUAAGCCUGACUCUGGUAGAUCUUCCUGGCAUGACCAAGGUACCAGUUGGUGACCAGCCAGCAGACAUUGAAUUCCAGAUUAGAGCCAUGUUAUUUGAGUUCAUUUCCAAAGAAAACUGUCUUAUUCUGGCUGUAUCACCUGCCAAUUCAGAUUUGGCCAACUCUGAUGCCCUGAAAAUUGCAAAGGAAGUUGAUCCACAAGGAACUCGUACUAUUGGUGUCAUUACUAAAUUGGAUUUGAUGGAUAGUGGUACUGAUGCAAAAGACAUCUUGGAAAACAGAAUACUUCCACUUAGGAGAGGUUACAUAGGUAUUGUGAACAGGAGUCAAGCAGAUAUUGAUGGAAGGAAGGACAUCAAGGCAGCUUUAGCAUCUGAAAGAAAGUUCUUCCUUAGCCAUCCUUCCUACAGGCACAUGGCUGAUAGGAUGGGCACCUCUUACCUACAGAAAGUCUUGAACCAGCAAUUGACCAACCAUAUAAAAGAUACCUUGCCGGCUUUACGAAGCAGACUUCAAGACAACAUGAUGGCUUUGGAGAAAGAAGUGAAAGGAUACAAGCACUACAACCCUAAUGAUCCAUCUGUUAGGACUAGAGCAAUGAUGCAGAUGAUUCAGCAGUUUGGUCAAGACUUUGAGAAGGCAAUUGAAGGCUCAGGAGAUACUAUCGAUACUGUAGAACUGUCAGGAGGUGCCAAGAUCAGUAGAAUAUUUCAUGAGAGAUUCCCUUAUGAACUUGUCAAGAUGGAAUUUGACGAAAAACAAUUACGACGAGAAAUUAUGUUUGCCAUCAAAAACAUUCAUGGAAUCAGGGUUGGUUUAUUCACUCCUGACAUGGCAUUCGAAGCGAUAGUAAAGCGACAGAUAGAAAAGCUACGAUCACCAGCCAUCAAAUGUGUUGAUAUGGUUAUGACUGAAUUGUCUAAUGUCCUGAAAAAAUGUGCCGAUAAGUUGGGGAAGUACCCCUUGCUGAGAGACAGAGUAGAACGAAUAGUUCUUGACCACAUUAGGAAGGGUGAAGUACGAUCCAAGACACAGAUCGAGACGUUCAUGGAGCUGGAAUUAGCAUACAUCAAUACCAACCACCCUGACUUUAUUGGCUACGCUGAGGCCCAGGUAACAUCAACAGUCAACGAAAGAAAAAAGCGAGCCAUCUCUAAUCAAGUUAUUCGCAAAGGCUGGCUUGCUGCUUCACAAGCUGGCUUUAUGAAAGGCGUUGGUAUGGGCUCCAAGGAAUACUGGUUCGUCUUGUCAGCUGAGGCACUCACCUGGUAUCGAGACGAAGAGGAAAAAGAGCAGAAGUAUCAGAUACGUCUUGACGGUGUUCGUCUUCGUGACCUUGAACCUGGUUUUAUGUCCAAAAAAGUGUCAUUUGCACUAUUUAACCCUGAAACCAAAAACUUGUUUAAAGAUCAUAAACAACUGGAGCUUUCAGCAGAGAAUCAAGAGACCAUAGACAGCUGGAAGGCGUCCUUCCUACGUGCAGGAGUGUAUCCUGAGAGAAACUCAUCUGAGGACAAGAGUUUGCAAGGUGAAAUUGGUACCCUGGACCCGCAGAUGGAACGUCAAGUGGAAACUAUUCGAAACUUGGUGGAUUCUUACAUCAAGAUUGUCAUGAAAACCAUCCGAGACUUAGUACCAAAGACAAUCAUGUAUAUGAUCUGUAAUAAUAUUAAAGACUUCAUCAGCCAAGAGUUACUGGCUCACAUUUAUUCAGCAGGAAACCAGAAUGACUUGAUGGAAGAAAGCGAAGAAGCAAUGCAACAUCGUGAGGAAAUGAUAAGAAUGUACCAAAGUACCAAAGAAGCCUUGGAGAUAGUAUCCGAUAUAGAUAGCCAUACCGCGGCCACACCCCUACCCCCUCCCAUCGCAUCAGAUGACAUGGAUAACAGACCUCCUAAUCCUAGUCCUAAGGUCAGUCGACGACCUCCUUCUGGUGGGUAUCCUUCCCGCCCUACUGGGCCGUCACGUCCAGCUCCUGCAAGACCGGACAACAUCCCUUCUGUGCCAAGGAGACCGCCUGCUCCUCCCAAGCCGAAUGGUGCACCCCCCAUCCCCGGUCGCCCGCCCAUCCCAUCUCGACCAUCUUAAAGAGUUUCAACCAGCAGCGUUUGCUUGAAAGAUGCUUAGAUAAUGGGUAAACAUUUUGUAAGAUCUGAAUCAUUUUCUGUAAAAUUAUAUUCUCCGAAGGCUUCUUCGUCAAUACCUUUUGUAAGGUGGCGUUAUUUCAGUACCACUAAGUGAAUGCUACACGAACUUUCUUUCUUCUAAUUUUCGGGAUAUAUAGUUUUUUUAUUGGUGCUAAUUAUUCGUGCAAAGGAUUCUGGUAGUUGAAGUCUAUGACGCUAUGAUACAAUGGCCUCACGAGAAUAUUUCUUAUAGAACUGUUGGGUAUGAGUUCAGUGGAAUCGUAGGGUAGAGUGCAUACCAUAUAUUCAUGAAAAGGUUAAACAAAAUUGUACAAAUUAGUGCAAAAUUUUGAAGGUCUACGAUCUACUGAGGUCUACUGAACUUACUAACUUGUGCACAUUUAUCAACAAUUUCUUAUAAGGUUUUUCACGGAUAGUAUGGUAUGCAUUUUACUGGGUACGUAAUAGACCAUUUCACAGAUGCCUGCCUCGUCAGCGUGUAAUUUAUUCUUUAGAAAUUGCCUACAACCUGUGAAAUUUUUAAGUGUUUCAAUUGUUCGUUGAUGUGUAAAUUCCUUUCAUUGCUGCAGACUUUAGUCAAAUUCUAAAGAAUAAUUACACGCUGACGAGGCUGAGGUUGAGUAACGGAAUCCGUGAAAUGGGCUAUUGACCUCCUCGGCUCGGACGUAAUGUUGUCCCAUUUCAGACCACGUGUCAUUCCCUAGAGUAUCCUUUCUUUGUUUAACGGUUGCACAUGAAUAUGGAUACAACUCAAACAAAGAAUCUCAUUUUCAAGGGAAUGACACGUGUUCUGAAAUAGGACAACAUUACGUCCAAGCCAACGAGGUCCAUUCCGUCCACUCAUAACACUAGGAUACGGUAUGACUACAGAUUUAUAAUAUUUCUU